GUUGCAUUGUUGUUUAGUUGUACGUACUUUUUUGCCUGCCAUUUUUCAAAAUGGAGAAAUUAAAUCUUCCAGUGAAAUACAAUUAUAAAAUAAUUGAGAUUGAUGAGAAUAGAGCUAUUUUUCCCAUUUCUGAUCUUGUAAAUAAAGAAUCAGCACAGGAAUGGAUUAAAGAAUAUGAACACAGAUCAGAAACAGUUUGGCGUGUUCAGAGAACACAUAAAUCAACUGGGCGCCUUAAUGCUUAUAAAGGUGACUUUAGAUGCCAGCACAAUGUGCAACAGGUAUCAAAACAUGUGAAAGAAAGUAAAAAUACUGGAUGCCCAGCAGUUCUUAAAAUUACUAUUCAUAGGUAUUUUUCACUGCCAAAACACAAAGAUCCACUCCCAUAAGUUAUAGAGUUUCCUGCAUUAUGCGAGUUUCUGUACUCUCGUAAUCAUUUGCUUGACAGUGCUGCUGUUAAAAAUUCAGGCCAUUAUCAAACCUAACGCAAAAGCGUCUGAUAGAAUUGCUUGAAUUAGGACAUACUGCAGCUACUGCAAGACAGAUGUUGCAAAUGGAAUUAGAGCUUCAGAGUAAUGAAGAUUAUGCAGAAGCAUGCAUGGACAGUUCUAAGCUACCUUCAUUAUCUGUCGUAAAUCACUUGCUAAAUAAUGAAUUUAGGAAAAUCUAUGGAUCUCGAAGAGAAAGCGAUAUUGACAGGGAAGUUGAAAAAUAUAUUUCCUCAUACAAUCAACAGCCAUUCUGUAAAGCUGCUUUUUCAAAAGUAAAGAACAGUUUGGCGAUUGCUGUAGUGACGCCGAUAAUGAAGCAAAGUAUAGAUUUACUUAGCAACGUUCAAGAAAUGAUAAUGCUUGAUGCAUCUGGCCACAUGGACAGAUUAAAUCAUUGUGUUUAUUUUUUUAUUUCUCCAGGUGUAGCUGGUGGAAUACCUAUUGGCUGCAUCAUCACAAAUGCAGAAGAAACUAAUAUUUUUCGUGAAGGAGUGAAACUUCUUUGUGAGUGUUUCCCUGAGAAAUGCUGUUUAUUGCAAAAUGGGCCACUGAUUGUAAUGGCAGAUGAUGAUCUGAAGGAAAGAGAAGUUCUGAGUGAAAUAUGGCCAAAUUCUACUUACUUACCCUGUCAGUUUCAUGUGCUAAAAGCAGUGUGGCGAUGGCUUAUGAACAGUGAAAAUAAAAUUCUAAAAGAGCACCAUCAAGAAUUAUAUUUUUCCUUUAAAUCACUGAUGUAUGCAGAAACUGAAAUGCAACUGAAAGAGUUGCUUCAAAAUAUGUUGGAGAAUAGCACAGUCAGGAAAUAUGACAAGUUCAUCAUAUAUUUGAGCAAGUUGUUCUCCAAAAAGCAUUUAUGGUGCACUUGUCAUAGAAAAAUGCUUUUAACCAGGGGAAACAAUACAACAAACUAUGUUGAAAGUUUGUUCAAAGUUUUAAAAGAGACCAUACUUGGACGAGUGAAAGCAUUUAGCUUAGUUCAAUUAUUGGACUUCAUUGUCACAAAAUUUGAGAAGUAUCUACAUAGUAGAUAUUUAGAUUUUAGUUUUGGUCGUUGUAACAAAAAACUAGUAAAAAGGUUUUUGCCUGAUGAUAAAGGAAUAAUUCAGAACAUCAGAUCACCAAAUAAAGAUAACACUUGUUUUGAAAUUGAUCAACAUUUUGUUGAUUUGGAAAGUUCCAUUUGUACUUGCUUUGUUGGCAUGAAUGGAAAGCUUUGCAAGCAUUUAAGUGCUGUAAUUCUGAAACAAAAUAAACAAUCAACAUUUGUCUAUUCUCUAGAAAGUAGAAAAUUAAUGUAUGAAGUGGCUACUGGAAAAAAAUUGGAUUCAAAUAGCACCCUCUUGCUACCUUUAAGUUUUAACCCAUCACACAAUUUUCCUUCUUCUCAAUCUGAUGAUGCUCUACAACCACAAUUUUCUUCUACGGUACUUCCACAUUCAUCUAACGAUAUACUUUCACAAUUUAAUAAUAAUACACUUAAACAUUCUUCAAAUGACACGCUUUCACCUAGAGAUAUUGACACAUUUUCACAGCCUUGCAAUGAUAACAACAUGAUUCUACCAACUAUAAACACUACUUCACAGCCCAUUGCAGCUACAUGUCAAAACUCAGACAGUGAAACAGAUGAUGAUGAUGGUGAUUAUUUACAAAAAUUUGAUGAUAUAAUUAAUCGGAUUAAAUCCGGUUACAAAAAUAAUCCUGAUGUUUUUAAGCCAGCAAUAAAAAAAAUGGUGAAGAAUGUUAACAAGUUUGGAAAAACAGAAACUGGAUUGGUGUCUACCUUGCAUAACUUUGGAAGAAACCUUAACUACUCAAGCAGAGUUUUGAAGUGCAGCAGAAGGAGAGGCAAUCAAAUUCCUGUUGAACCUACAGCAAUUGCAAGAAGAAAAUCUAUUUAUUCUGGUAGGAAAACUCAAGUUGGUGGAAGGCCAGUUAAACGAGCAUUACCACCUGCCCUAAAAGAACAUACUUAUGGAAUAUUCUCUGAGUUACCGAAAAAACAUCGAAAAACAAAACAUAGUUUGACGCAUUGUGUUGAAAAGAAUGUAUCUCUUCCAAAUUAAUUUAUAUUUAUUUUAUUACUAUCAUGCUUAAAAAAAAUAUGUUCCUUGGUUUUUUUUAUUUUUUAUACAUGCUUUAAAAAUGUAUUAGAAAAUUUUAACAGGAUUUGUAUGGUGUUGAAAUAAUUGGUAUUAAUGAUAUAAAAUUUUAAUGCUAUUAUGGUAUUAAAUAGCACUUCCAUGAAACUGUUAUAUGUUAAAUAUUUUUCAGCUUAUUAUAUAUUAAAAU